AUGGCCUCCUGGUUGAGCAUCCGCGAUCGGCCGACGGCGGGCUCGACGGCCGGAGGUGAGCUGGCUGAGGACAAGGGCUUCUUCCCUUUCUCCGUCCGGUUUGGCGCCCUGGCGAUUGAGAGAACUAAGCUCGAGUCGGAUUGGAAGAGGAUGGAGAGGUACGGGGAAGCGAAGAAGUUGGGGAAGCAAGGGGUGGAGCACUUCACCGCGGUGCACAAGGUGUUCGGUGCCAGCAAUGUUUCCAAGAUCCUUAAUCAAGCCCCUUCCCACAAGCGCUUUGAUGCCGCCAUCACUGUAUGUUAUGAGGCAAAGGCGCGCCUCCGUGACCCUAUCUACGGCUGUGUCGGCGACAUCUUCGCUCUCCAACAACGGGUAGCGAACCUCCAGGCUGAAGUCGCCUCCCUACAGGCUCACCUCACGACACUGCAACAGCCUUCACCGCCUCCUUUUCCGUCCCUUUCAUACAUGCCCAUGACCACCGAGUUCUCCAUUUCUGAACUGGCGUCAUUGUCCAAUGUCCCGAACACCGUCGAACUAUCUUCAUUGUUCGACCCGUCGAUGCAGUGGGCCUUCCAGCAGCAACACCAACAACCAUAUGGCCAGACGGGGGAAGGCUCUGGCCGUAGAGGCAACGCCAACUCCAAUGGCGAUGACUUGCAAGCCCUGGCUAGGGAGCUCUUGGAUCGACGGUCGACAGGAUUGGCACCCCAGCAACCAUUGAACACACAGUUUUGA